ACCGCCGAGGGGGCCGGCGGGCGGGAGCCGGCAGCCCGCGGCCCGAGUUGGCAGCGCGGCCGCUGAGCUGAGCGGCGCGGCGCGGCGCUGAGGCGGGGGGGGUGCGAGGGAAGGUGGUUCUGUGGGAGCGCGGCCCGCCCCGCCGCCCUCCCCCGCCGGCCGCCGGCUGACAGGUGCGCGCUCCUCCGCGGCAGCAGCGGCCCCGCUCGCCCCUGCCUCUCCCGGCCCCUCGGCGUCCCCCGCGCCCUCACCAGCCCCGGCUCCUCCGGCCCCCGCCCGGCACGGCCCCGGAUUGUUUAGUCCUUGGGAAGCUGGUCUGGGUCCAGAUUUUGCUUUGAUCUUUUUUUUUUUUUUUUUUUUAAAAAAAAGGGGAGAAAAAAAAAAAAAAAAAGCCAAAGAAAAACAAAACCUGGAGACACAGAAAAGGGCUCUAGGAAAAAGUUUUGGAUGGGAUUAUGUGGAAACUACCCUGCAAUUCUCUGCUGCCAGAGCAGGCUCAGUGCUGCCUUCUCCCCAGCGGCGCAGCCCGCGCCGGGCGCUGCUGAGAGACGCCCGGGCCUCGGUGCCGCGCCGCCAGUGCCUGCUGUGCCGGAGCCCCUCGCCCCGCCGGCCCAAUGCUCCUCCUCGGGCUGCUCCUGCUGACAUCUGCCCUGGCCGGCCGGAGGCAGGGGGCCGCCGCCGAGUCCGACCUCAGCACCAAGUUCGCCUUCUCCGGCGCCAAGGAGCAGAACGGUGUACAGGAUCCUCAGCAUGAGAAGAUAAUUACUGUGACUACUAAUGGAAGUAUUCACAGCCCCAAGUUUCCACACACGUACCCACGUAAUACUGUACUAGUGUGGAGAUUAGUAGCAGUAGAUGAAAAUGUAUGGAUACAGCUUACUUUUGAUGAAAGAUUUGGGCUUGAGGACCCAGAAGAUGACAUUUGCAAGUAUGACUUUGUAGAAGUUGAAGAGCCUAGUGAUGGCACUGUUUUAGGGCGCUGGUGUGGUUCCAGUAGUGUGCCAGGCAGACAAAUCUCCAAAGGAAACCAGAUCAGAAUAAGAUUUGUGUCUGAUGAAUAUUUUCCUUCUGAACCUGGAUUCUGCAUCCAUUAUACACUUCUUAUGCCACACCACACAGAAGCACCCAGCCCAUCAUUGCUACCCCCAUCAGCUUUACCGCUAGAUGUAUUAAACAAUGCUGUUGCUGGAUUUAGUACUGUGGAAGAACUUAUCCGGUACCUUGAACCAGAUCGGUGGCAACUGGAUUUGGAAGACUUGUACAGGCCAACGUGGCAACUCCUUGGAAAGGCAUAUAUUCAUGGGAGAAAAUCAAGAGUGGUCGAUCUCAACCUCCUCAAGGAGGAGGUGCGGCUGUACAGCUGUACUCCUCGCAACUUCUCAGUGUCGCUGAGGGAGGAGCUGAAGCGAACUGACACCAUCUUCUGGCCGCUGUGUCUCCUGGUUAAACGUUGUGGUGGAAACUGUGCCUGUUGUCACCAGAGCUGCAACGAGUGCCAAUGUGUACCAACAAAAGUUACCAAAAAAUACCACGAGGUUCUUCAGCUGAAGCCAAGGAUUGGCAUCCGAGGAUUGCAUAAAUCAUUGACAGAUGUGCCCUUGGAACACCACGAGGAGUGUGACUGUGUGUGCAAAGGGAAUACUGAAGGAUAAACAUGAUUUAAUUGUGCUGUUUUCUUUCAAAGCACAUUCAAUCAAUGGCUGAUUCUAUUAUGGGGCUUGUGCAUUAUCUCCUUCUGUAAUCUCAGUUGUUUGCUUUGGGGAUCUUCCAUCUUCAAGAUUUACAGUGAGCUCUAAAAAGAGGAGAAGCCGAACUGGGAUUAUAUGUUGUGUGACAGCUCUGUUUGGAGGCCCAGUGAAAGGAUGGGAGAAAGGCAUCAAUGAGGGAUUUAAAAUACAUGUAUUGUUUUUGUUCCCCACAAUUUUCUUGACAAUACAUGGAUUUAUAAUUUAGGAGUAAAAAAUAAAGUUAGAAGGCUCACAUCAUGGAGACUUGAUCCUGCUGGCUGUCUCAUUUCUACAGCUCCAGUACAUCUGGCCUCUGGUUGAAAACACCUGAAAUCUUUCUUUCUGUGUUCAGCUACUCCUAUGUACUCUAAAUCGAAGCAUUCUCUGUUGUAUAAACUCGUGUUAAAACAGACUGGCUUGUUCCGAAUUAAUUUGUCUAAUACUGGUAGGAAGGACUGGAUUUUUCCAUACGCUCUAGCAAAGCUCCUGCCUUUUAGAAAGAAGACUGGACAAUAACGUGAGCUAAGGAGGCAAACAUUGAAAAGAACAGCGCCUUUCUUCUUACUACUAUGGCUGAUGAUUUUUUGUUUGUUUGUUACUUUUUAUCAUGUACAUUUUUAUACUCUCCUUUUGACAAUAUAACUAUUUGCUUUUCUAAACUUGUUAAAUAUAUCUAUUUUUACCAAAGGUAUUUAAUAUUCUUUUUUUAUUACAACCUAGAUCAACUAUUUUUUAGUUUUGUGAGACUUUAAAGCCAGAUUUAUACAGUUGGAGGAAAAGAGAUGUGGUUGCAAUGGGAAAGGAGCAUGAUCUCUUUGCAGUUUGUUGCUAUACAGUGAAAAAGUACAGG